AUGGCUCAUUAUCAACCUUCGAGCCAGGGUCAAGACCCCGAACUCGAGACCAGACUGAGAGGGUUAAUCCUGACGAACACGCCUGGAAGCAAUGGCAACAGUAUCUCUCACAGGGACCUUCUCGAAGGCUCAACAGAUGAUGCUCCCACUCCUUCUUCCCAGCAGUCACCCACCUCCCCCAAGAUGACGAGGAAGCGGCCGAACCAGGCUCAGCGUCGGCAAAUGAAUGCCCAAAUGACUAUUCCUGUCGACACGAGGCCCACUGCGCCGGUGCCUCCUCGUAAUUAUGGUCAGAAUCAAGGGUUCGCUGCCCACCACAAUGAACAGGGCUACCGUCAGGGGCCACCACGCCAGCCAUACACGCAACGCUCUGGUGGCAGUGCUGGCCAGUGGGCAGGGCCACAACACCACCAUCAAAAUCAGCACCAGCAUCAGCACGGCCAGGGACAGGGUCACUUCCAGGGACGAGGACAGCGAUAUGGAGCCCAUCAGUACCAGUCACACUCCUAUCAGGACCACGGCCCCUCCGGCCCGAGUGCGCCUCCCGGCUUCCGCCAAGACGGCAAUGUACCGCGUGGCGCCCAGCGCUCUCACGGACUGUACAACCCUCACGGAAACCAUCACGCCGCACCUCUGUCGCCUGAAGAGCUCGCUCAGCAGUCGGCUUAUCUUGAUGGCCUAAGCGAGACGCUGGUCGCGGGCGCAGAGAUUGAGCGAGACGACAUCAUGGAGAAAGAGUCAUUCCGCAUCAGGAUUCAAGAGAUCUGUCGACAGGUCAUUGUGCAGCACGAAGAGCAGACAAAUGGCAGAACUGGGUUUCCAGCCUCGUCAAUAGGAUUGGAAUGCUUCGGCAGCCUUUCCUCAGGCUUCGCUACGAAAGCGUCAGAUAUGGACCUCGGGCUCAUCUCGCCACUCUCUGUGCCCCAGCCUGACGGCGCUGACUCGGUGAUCCCUCGCCUCGUCGAGAAGGCUUUCCUCGAUGCCGGCCUGGGAGCGCGUCUCCUGACUAGAACACGAGUGCCUAUCAUCAAACUCUGCAGCAAGCCCUCAGAUUCGCUUCUCUUAGGUCUACUAGAGGAACGAGACAAGUGGGAAAGGGGCAUCGACAACGACCCUCUUGGAGCAGCCGAGGCCGAGGAUGGUGAUGAACCUGUCCAGGACCAAGAUGAAGAGCAGCAGCCCAAGACUCCUACGGUUGCGGCCCAGUCACAGCUUGCUGCGUCAACAGGCGACCCGAAUGCUGCCCCGAAGCCCUCCGUGGACCAGCCACAGAGCUUGAAGCUCCGUCAGACUGAGAAACAGAAUCUCACCUCUUACUAUAACAAUGCCAAACGUGCCUUGAGACGCCUCAAUGGACGUGACAUUACCCUGUCAAACCAUACUACUUUUUCAAGAGAAGACUUUGAAAUCCUGACGCGGGUCUGCGAGGCCUUUGUCGAAGGCCUCUACGAUCAGACACUCAAGGCCAGGCUCCAGGGCUACCAAUCGCUCCUCUUCCGUCGCCACAAUGACGACGAGUGCUCACACUCGCUGCUGGGUGUCUUCACGCAAGUGGAAGGCGAAAUGCUUGCCAUGGGUUGGGAGCAUCGUACGACACAGGAGAAGUCUGCCGAUGCCGAAAAGGCUGCGGAAGUGUGUGUACUCGGUUGGAAGAAGUUGCAGAAUCAGCCGGUGGCUGGAAGUGAUCCCCUCCAGCAUGCCAAGCAUCUACAGCUGUAUCUGCAUAGACUCAAGAAGCUCAACUCGGUUCAGCUCGUCACGCUGCAGCAGACCCAAUUCGAGUCAGCGAGUGAUUACCACGAGCGUGUUACGAAACUCGUCGUAAACUUGCGCCCUGCAGCCUUGCUUGCCGAGAAGGGCGAAGAUUUGUUCCAAGAGCUCGUCAUCAAGCACUACGUUGAAGGCAUUUGGUCUUUUGAGGUACAAAAGCAAGUUGGCGAUUUUGUUGCUGCUAUAUCAGGCCCCAUCAGCCUUGGAACCGUGGCACGUCGCCACAAAAGUCUGCAACUGGCGUUUGAGUUUGAUCGAGCCCUUGAGCACCACGCAUACGACAGCCGUCUUGAGCCUGUGAUCAAGCAAUACGUUGCACUACUCCGCGGCGACACGAACCAGCCAGGCGACGCGAGCACGCUUGCCCUAGCGGCACCCGAGUCUCAGCAGGUCCUCCAGGUCAUCCUCGCGCUAUCCGACCCUUCGAAACUGACAGCCAACCAACCACGCGAUCGGUACCGCGAUAACCUCGAGUUCCCCAAGUCGGGCGUCGGCGUCCAGUGCGAUAUCAACUUUGCCGCCCAUCUUGCGCUCCAGAACACCCUCCUGCUCCGCUGCUACUCUCACACGGACCCGCGCGUGCGCACGCUCGUGCUCUUCGUCAAGCACUGGGCCAAGUCUCGCGCUAUCAACACCCCCUACCGCGGCACCCUCAGCAGCUACGGGUACGUGCUUAUGAUGCUGCACUACCUCGUCAAUGUCGUCGAGCCCUUUGUCUGCCCAAACCUGCAGCACCUCGGUCCGCCGCCACCGCCGCAGGAUCCUUCCACUUACCCGGACGCCGACGGCCUCAUCUGCCGUGGCCGCUUCGUGGGCUUCUGGCGCGACGAGGCCGAAAUUCAGCGCCUCGCGCGCGCACGCCAGCUCAACGGCAAUGACCACUCGGUCGGCCGCCUGCUGCGCGGCUUCUUCGAGUACUACGCCCACACGGGCACCCUGUCGACCAACCCCAAGGCACGCGGCUUCGACUGGGGUCGCGAUGUUCUGAGCCUGCGCACCCCGCGCGGCCUGCUCAGUAAACAGACCAAGGGCUGGACGGGCGCCAAGACGGUACUCGAGAACGUGCCGUCCCCAGCCGGCGCGCCCACUGCCGCCAACGCCAACGCCAACGCCGCCGAGGCCAAGCCCGUCGAGGUCAAGGAGGUCCGGCACCGCUACCUGUUUGCCAUUGAGGACCCCUUUGAGCUGGACCAUAACGUCGCGCGGACGGUCACGCAUAAUGGAAUCGUCGCGAUCCGGGACGAAUUCCGGCGCGCGUGGCGGCUCAUUCGCGCUGCCGGCAAGGGGAACCUCGGUGGAGGUGGGGGCGGUGCUGCUGCUGCUGGGGACGCGGAGAGCGAGGAGCUCCUUCAGGAUGUUAAGACUGUUCGCAAGGAGAGCGACGCCGGCGAGUUCCGCAGUUUGCUGGCCGAGAUACACGGCGUGGAGAGGGCGGAGCUGGAGACGUUGGCCGCGGCCAUCCCAUCGUGA